AUGAGGUUGACGCUAUAAUCAACACAAUUAAGAAAUCCUUAACAAGCUUAUACAGGUUUAAUGUAUUGCUCAAUUGAUUAAGUUGAUAAAUUAAAAAAAGAGAAUAAAAUAGUUGAUAGUGAAAAGCUUUUUGUAUUAUUGAAUGGUUACACAUUUAUAUUAGAAGGAGUAUUACUUAAUUAUGAAUAUAAUAGGAUAGAGAAUAUAGAAUGAAUGAGAUUGCUGCAAACAGAUAUUAAAGAGAAUUUUUAGAAAUGACAAUUAAUUAAGAUGUUGAAUUACAAGUAUUUAAAUUGCCAAGAGAUAAAGAGUAUAGAUUAGGAGUAUUGAAUUUAGAGAUUGAUAUAUAAUCAAUUUAGAAUGGAGGAAAUUAAUUGGAAUUAGAUGAUGAUGAAUUUGCUAAUGCAUUUAAAAGUUAAUUUAAGGGAUAAUUUUUUAAGACUGGUUAGGUGUAAUUAUUUCAAAAUAAUGAGAAUAAUUAUUUAAUCAAAGUAAUUAAAUUACAAUGAUAGGUAACAAGAACAGAAAAUUUGAGUGUUGGAGUAGAUUCAAAUUUAGUAAGAUUUGGAGGUGGAGGAAUGUUGAUUGAUGAAACAGAAAUAGAAUUUAGUGUAAGAUCUGGAAUAUCUUAAAUAAAGAUGAAAAAUGUAUAAAAGAAAUAAACAAAUUUAUUUAGAGAAGAUUUUAAUUUUGAUAAAUUAGGAGUAGGAGGACUUGAUAAAGAAUUAGCAAAUAUAUUUAGAAGAGCAUUUUCAUCAAGAAGAUUUCCUUAAUAAUUUUUAGAGAAAUAUGGGAUUAAGCAUAUUAAAGGAUUAUUAUUAUAUGGUCCACCUGGAACAGGAAAAACAUUGAUUGCAAGAUAAUUAGCAAAAGUUUUGAGAGCUAGACCUCCAAAGAUUGUUAAUGGACCAGAAAUAUUUAGUAAAUUUGUAGGAGAGGCAGAGGAAAAUAUUAGAAAGUUAUUUGAAGAUGCAAUAAAAGAUUAAGAAACUUUAGGAGAUGAUAGUGAUUUGCAUAUAAUUGUAUUUGAUGAAAUGGAUGCUAUUUGUAAAUAAAGAGGAUCAGUUUCAUCAGGUGUAGGUGCAUAUGAUAAUGUUGUUAAUCAAUUAUUAUCAAUGAUAGAUGGUGUUAAUUCUUUAAAUAAUAUUCUUGUGAUUGGUAUGACAAAUAGAAAAGAUUUAAUUGAUGAAGCUGUAUUAAGACCUGGAAGAUUUGAAGUGCAUAUAGAAGUAGGAUUACCAGAUGAAAAUGGUAGAUUAUAAAUAUUAUAAAUUCAUACUGAAAAUUUAAGAAAGAAUUAAGCUUUACAUAAUGAUGUAAAUAAUGAAGAAUUAGUAACAUUAAUGAAGAAUUAUACAGGGGCUGAAAUUGAGGCUGUAGUUAAAUCAGCAUCAUCAUUUGCUUUUUAGAGAAUGUAGAAUAUUUAUAAUUUUUCAUAAAAAUUAAGUUAGAAAGAAGAUUUUAGAAUAACUAGAGCAGAUUUUUAAAAUGCUUUAGAAGAAGUGAAACCUUAAUUUGGAUUUGAUUCAAAUAAAUUUGAUUUGUUAUUAAAAAAUGAAUUAAUAGAUUAUGGAGAAGAAUUUUAAAAAUUAUAGAAAAUGCUUAGAAAUACAAUAAAUCAAACUCGUUUUGGUAAGAGUUCAAAAUUAAAUUCAAUUCUUUUGGAAGGAUGUUAAGGUUCAGGUAAAACAAGUAUUGCUGCUUAUUUUGCAGUAGAAUGUGGAUUUCCAUAUGUAAAAUUAAUAUCACCAGAAUGUUUUAUUGGUAUGACAGAAGAUGCUAUAAUAAAUAAAAUUAGUAAGAUAUUCAAUGAUGCCUAUAAAUCCACUCUUUCUUGUAUAGUUAUUGAUAGUAUUGAGAGAUUAAUUGAAUAUGUUGAUAUUGGACCAAGAUUUUCUAAUGCAAUUUUAUAAACACUUUUAGUUUUAAUUAAAAGAUUGCCAGAUAAAGUAUUUAAAUUAUUUAUAUAUAGUCAUAAAAUAAAUUAUUAAUAGUAGGAACAACUUCAACUUAUUAAAUUUUGAAAUAAUUAGGUGUUGUUUCAUGCUUCAAUUUAACAUUUUAGACACCAAAUCUUACAAAAAGUGAAGAAAUAAAGGCUGUAAUCUAUAAUUAUAUGAAUAUUACAGAAAAAGAUAAUGUAACUAAUAAACAUAAAAAACAGUUGAAUUAACAAUAAUAAGCAUAGAUAGAUAAAAUUUGUUAAACAAUUAAUAAAAUUCCAAUCAAAAGAUUGUUAAUGUUAUUAGAUAUGGUUUGUACUGAUGAGAAUGAAUUGGAUUAUUAAGAAUUUAUGGCAUGUUAUUAAAUGGCUCAAAUGAAUCAUGAAUGA